UCUGACAAGACUGCGCGCGAAGCAAACACGGCGAGGAUAAAGCAAGAUGGCGUCUGACGGUGAAGACGUUAUUGCAGUGUUCUUAAUCUGUGCGUCCAUGUACACAUAUAUGUCCUUUAUUACACUCUAUUCAUUAAUAACUGUUUGUAUAUUAGUUUGAGCGCACUUUGAUGCUAGCUUAGCUUGCUAGUUAGCUUAGCUUGUUAGCUGCUAACAAAGAAGUGAUGAAAAGACAUCGCUAAGCAGAGAUCAAGUGUGAGUGUAAAGUGUUGUGAUUGUGUGAAAAUGUGCGAAAGAACCAUAGCAGAGUACGAGGAGGAACUUAGUCCAACAAAAGAGGAGAAGGAGCGACAACAUCAAGUUGUGUUACACACAACAGACGUCCAGCAGCCCCUUCACAUUAAAGAGGAAGAGGAGGAUCCACAGCCCACCCACAUUAAAGAGGAAGAGGAUGAUCCACAGCCCACCCACAUUAAAGAGGAAGAUGAUGAUCUACAGCCCACCCACAUUAAAGAGGAAGAGGAUGAUCCACAGCCCACCUACAUUAAAGAGGAAGAAGAGGAUCCACAGCCCACCUACAUUAAAGAGGAAGAUGAUGAUCCACAGCCCACCUACAUUAAAGAGGAAGAGGAGGAUCCACACAUGAAAGAGGAAGAGGAGGAUGAUGUCAGCAAGUUUCCACUGACUGUUGUCUCUGUGAAGACUGAAGAGCAUGAAGACAAAGCACCUGAGUCCUCACAGCUUCAUCACAGUCCAAACGUCCAGCGGGUGUCAGCGGGGAGUCAUGAAGAGGAGUGGCACACCAGUGUGGGACAGAAGGAGCUACAGGCCCCCUCCCACAUUAAAGAGGAGCAACUUCAUGAUGAAGAUGAAGCUCAGUCCUUACAGCUUCAUCACAGUCAAAGUGAGGAGAACAGAGGGGCGGAGCUUGUAAGUCAACACAUCACAGAAGCUGAUGGAGAGCAUUGUGAAGAUAUAAAGUCAGAACCAGACAGCAUCUCUCCACUGUCAGACAUGGACCACAUGAUGUCACACUCUUCUGAUCACAGUGACCACAUCCAAAAACCUUUGGAGAGUCAAAAUGACUCUAAUGGUGAUACGAGACAUCACACUAACAACAAACACUUUGACUGCUCUCAAUGUGGGAAAUCAUUUAGACAUAAGGGUCAUUUUACAGAACACAUGAGAAUACAUACUGGAGAGAAACCUUUUAUUUGCUCUGUUUGUAAGAAGAGUUUCUCCACAAAACAUUACAUAACCACACACAUGAGAACACACACUGGAGAGAAACCUUUUUCUUGCUCAGCUUGUGCUAAAAGAUUCAACUCUAAGAAUGACAUGACCACACACAUGAGAACACACACAGGUGAGAAACCUUUUACUUGCUCUGUUUGUAAGAAGAGUUUCUCCAGAAAGGAAUGCAUGACCACACACAUGAGAACACACACUGGAGAGAAACCUUUUACUUGCUCAGCUUGUGCUAAAAGAUUCACCACUAAGACAGAACUUAUAUCACACAUGAGAACACACACAGGUGAGAAACCUUUUCCUUGCUCUGUUUGUAAGAAGAGUUUCUCCAGAAAGGAAAACAUGGACAGACACAUGAGAACACACACUGGAGAGAAACAUUUUGCUUGCUCAGCUUGUGCUAAAGGAUUCAGCACUAAUAAUAACAUGAUAUUACACAUGAGAGCACACACAGGUGAGAAACCUUUUACUUGCUCUGUUUGUAAGAAGAGUUUCUCCCAAAAGCAAAACAUGAGCACACACAUGAGAACACACACUGGAGAGAAACCGUUUAAAUGCACUGCGUGUGUUAAAAGGUUUAGGUUUAAGAAUCAGGUCAGUAGACACAAGUGUGUAACAGUCAUGGAAGCUGCAGGGAUGUAAAAACACUUAAACAGUGAUUGUGCUAAAUGUAGUUUAAAAACACAGCAUGUUUAAUAAGAAUGUAUAUUUGAUGUUGUAUGUAGUGCUUCUCAUCUUCUAGUCUUAUAUGUUGGCCUGUACUCACUGUUUAAGUUGUGUUCAUGUAUUGAAUAUUAUAUAUGUAGCUACUAUUUUAUUCUAUUUUCUCAUCUUUGAAGAGAGGACAUCUUAUUAUUUUCAUUGUUUUUUUCCACACAUUUUUCCACUGCAUUUUAUUGAUGUUAUUAUCCAACUAAAAGUAUGA